AAAGCCUUUUUAUAGUUUUCCCUCUGGAUAUCUACCUGUACAUUUAAUAUUUCUUAUGAAUUUGCAGGUCUCCCUCUGGAGAAGAUGAAGUGUGUAAAGCAUCCAAGUGAUCCAUUGUCCCAGUUCUGUGUCCUGUGUGAGACUGCCUUGUGUGAAAUCUGCAUCAAGACCUCUAGUGAUCAUAAAAAGCAUGACGUUAGAGAUGUUGAGAAAUUGUUUCGUGAAAUUAACAAGAAAAAAGAUGAAGAUGCAGUUUUGAUGUGCCUUCUUCUUUGCCAGAAUUACAAAAUAAAUCUUGAAGAAGAACAAUGGAUGGAGAAAUAUAAUGCUGUGGCUGAAGUUUUCAAAUUUAAGAAGCUUAAGAAGAAAUCCGAUCUCAGCAAAAUGAAAAAGUACAAACCUGUGCUGAAACAGGAUACCUCCAAUGUCGAGUUUUCUUGCAACUUUUUCAGAGACACCAGUUUUCUAAAAUUUGCAAAAGAACGAAAAUUUGUUGAUAUGUUUCUAAUUUGGGCAGAAAAAGAAAACAUUGCGAAGUAUUGCAGAUCAUCAAAUUAUCUGAGAAGAGAGGAUGAAGAAGAAGUUUGUUGUUGGUUAUUGCCAAAUCAAACAGAACAGCUGAUAGAUAGACUUGGGGAAGAAAUGUUCUCACAUGUCACAAUGAAGGACCAAUCCAUUCAUGAAUUAGUGUAUAGAAAGCUGGGUAUACCAGUACAGGUUAUAAUGAGAGGAGAUGACUCCGUGAAAAAUUUCCUGGAAAAUCUCAAGAAAGGAAAGACCACCAUGUACCACGCCACGGGGAUGUUGAUAGGGUGUGCAGGUAGUGGAAAGACAACUUUACUUGGAAGAUUAAAAGGCAUCGACAUGGAAGAAAUAGGGAGAACUACAAGAUCAACCAGAGGAAUAGAUAUCCAGACCGACGUCUUUGAUGUGUCAAAUACCAUCGAAGUAAAUAUAUCAGACCAAAAACAACGCAUUAAGGUUAGAAUUGAUACAACAAGUCAAAAUCAAACGGUACCAGAACCUUAUUAUGAAGAGCAUGUAUAUGAAAAUACAAAAUCACUAAAUGUUGAUGUCCAAGGAAAUAAUGAAGAAGACGCUGCUAGUGAAGCCGUUAAUGAUGAAGAGAUGUCACGUGACAGCAUGAAUACAGAAACCGAGUCAUUUAAAGGAGACGAAGUCGCUGCUCCAUUGUUUGAAAAGAUAGAGGGAACAGUUGAAGAAAUCCAAACUGUUGCUAAGAAUUCAGAAAGUUUGGGGAUAAUACGAGUCUCCAAACAAGCUACGGACGAACCAGAGAAAAGAAUCAGCAUGGUUGAUUUUGCGGGACAAUGUUCAUAUUAUUCCUCACACCAGAUUUUUUUGAGUCCACGUGCAUUCUUCAUUCUGGUGCUCAACAUGGAGAAAAAAUUUGAUGAUAUGGUAGGAGAAGAAGUCUGUAGCCAGGAAGGCUCCAUUUACAAAGGAUGGACACACAGAGACUACCUUACAUUUUGGGCAAAAUCCAUUCAUCAAUACAGCAGUAAAAAGGCUCCCAUUUUACUGAUUGGCACUCAUGCUGAACAAAAGACAUAUCAGGUAUUUCAAGAAUAUUUUGGUGAAAAAUUACAAAAAUCUUGA